AAAUACAGAAAACACGCACAAACAGCUACACCUGCUUUCGACACWGUUCUCUCCACAACCAAGCAACUAAAAUCCAACCAUCCAAAAUGAACCACGACCUGUCGUAUUAUUUGUCGCCGCGCAAGCGUCUGGACACGCUCUUCAUGGUCCACUCGUCCGUUUCCAUGGUGGUCGGGCUGAUCGGUUUUUUCUUUCCAUCUACGAUGAACGUUGUCUUUCUUACGGAGAGCGACCGCGAAUACAAUGUCGCCCGGGCCAUACUCCGCCCCACCUGUGCUCUGAUUCUAGCACAGGGGUUGAUCAUCCACAGGUCGCGGAAGAUCAACGACGGACAGAUCAAACGGGCAUUUGUCCAGGCAUACUUCAUUUGUUUCCUGCUCAGCACGAUCUCUUUGAUCAACGAGCACACCUCAAACACGGGCGUGGUCUCCGGAAAAUUCGUCGGCGUCAUGAAGAUCAUAUUUAUGAUUUUCUUGACGGUCGGCUACGGCUGGUUCACCUUCUUCCAGCCACCGUCUGUCUUUCAGGGAUUGGCACUGAGGAGGGCGCCCUAAACAGCGGCCAGAGGGGUCCGCAUAUGCAUUCAUAAUAAUGCAUGCCCAUAUUU